CUUGUGAGCUCACCACGAGCAAAGCUCGAGAUAGACUUAUGUAAAAUGAGCUCUAAAUCAAACAAAAUUUUAAGCACGAUUCGAGGUUAAGCCCAAUGUUUUCCUGCCCACCUGACCCUGAGCACCCAAACUUGGCUCCAUUCCAUCCCUCCUCCUCGUUCACCUUCUCAUCCAACUAUUCUCAAACCAAAACUAAGACCAAAACUUUGGCGUAAAUUGAUUCGCUCACGAAGCUUGGAAGAAAUGUCGAAGACUGACGAGCCGGCGAUCGGAAUUCCCUAUACGCCGAAUUUCCAUUCUCCUCCGAUGCAACUGCAGUUCGAUCAUCAUCAUCAAGAAUACUACUGCGUCGCAGAGAACCCCUAUCAGGCUGGACUGAUCCCUACCCACGCAGUCUUCGAUGAUCCAAAGGCAAUUCCAAUUCAACAGACGAUCUACAGAGACACCCCGGCCCCUUUCAACUGCGUUUUCUGCGGUAAUUCUGGUCUCACCACCGUCAGAUCGAAACCAAGUUUGGCAGCUCUUGUUGGUUGCAUGAUGCCAAUGAUGCUUGGAGUUUGCUUUCUUUAUCCUUCAAUGGACUGCCUCUGGCAUAAGUAUCACUAUUGCCCAAGCUGCAAAGAGAAGGUUUUUGAUUUUGAGAAGUCUGAUCCUUGUGCAGUGAUGGAUCUUUCACACUGGACACAACCAAGCUUUGCAUUGCCUUGAUAACAUGAUAAGCCCUUAAUCUACAUUACAAGUCACAACUGCACAUUUUUCUUUCACUUGGACGUGAUUCUUUUUGUGGGACUGAUUGUAUCAUCUUCUAUCCUUUUGUGUUUAUAGCUGAACCAUCAUAUAUAUAUCCAUCAAAGCUCUGUGGGAGAAGACUGUCAAAGCAACUAUUAAUUUGCUGUAAAAAUAACAUGUCAUAUUAAUACUGGAGUCUACGUAACAAUUUGUUUAUUUCUUUGCAAUUGUUCACGCACAUUGUAAUUAGUUCCUUGCCAACUUACUAUGUUAUGCUGUUGGAUGGUAGGAUGGGUUAGUCUUC